UGUCCUUGAGGUGACCGAUUGAAGUUACCCGCUAAGUUAGAUUUUUAGCCAUGUCAAACAGAACUGCACUGUUUGGGAGGCCCCAGCAAUCACAAACUAGACAUUUACUGCAAUUUAAGGCAGGAAAAAUGACAUUAGGAGAUGAUAAUUGGGUUCAUGCAGACCCUCGCAAAGGGUGGGUGUACGUUUAUCAAUCAGGAGACGGGAAACUUCACUUUUGUUGGAUUGAUCGUAAAACAUGUCUUGUUGAAGAUAAUUUUGUCAUUAAUGCAAAGCAGGCCGAAUUCAAGAAGAUUCCCCAAUGUACGACUGGGCGGGUUUACCUACUGAAGUUCAAAGGUCCCAAACAUUUCUUCAUAUGGAUGCAAGAACCUAAUGGUAAAAAUGACAACGACAUAUGUUCUAGGAUAAAUGACUAUAUAAGAUGUCCACCUGCUCAUACGGGCGCGCUGUCAAGUACGUGUGACUGGCUAAGUCGUCUUGAAGGUCUCAAUCAACUUUCUCACACUGACCUUUUGACUCUUUUAUCAAUGGGAGUAGGUCUCGGGAGUGGGCUGUCGUCGGAAUCAGAUGUAUCUUCUGCUCAAGCGACUGCAGUAACUAUUGGACGUCAUCUAAAUACAGAAAAUUUAGAUGAUUCUAAUGUACCUAUUUCGCUUCUGGAGGCUGCUGCUGCUACUACCAUACCGUCCUCAGUAGUCCCAUCUACUAGCAGUAACUCUCCACGUCCAAAUGUUACAACUGAUAAACCACCUGAAGCUGGGAAAAUACAACUUCAAGAUUUAAGAAAUAUUCUUUCAUCAAUUUCCACUGCGAUCCGAAAUCCAUCUAAUGAGCCAAAAAUCGAAUUAAGUGAUGUUUUGAACGUGGACAGUUUGCAAAGUCUUUUAAACAAACCAGAUGUUCGAGAAAGAUUAUUACCUCAUCUCCCCCCUUUGGACCCCGAAUCCUCAUGUACAAAUGAUUUGGAAAACUUAACCACAAACAUACAAUCGUCUCAGUUUAAGGCCACUUUGAAAUCCUUCUCAACAGCUUUUCGGAGUGGUAAACUAGCUCCAGUUUUGGCCCAAUUCAAUUUAGGUGUGAAAGCUGAUGAGGCUUCAAGACGUGGUGAUUUGAUUGCAUUUUCGAAUGCAUUACAAGAAACAUCUGCGGUAACAAUCCAAUCCCAGGAUGGUAAUAACACUGUAACUGCUGAAAAUACAAUUCAGGGUGUAUCACCUCAUGAGGCGUCCAAUGAAAAAGCAGAAAAAGAAGAGCAAACAUCUACAGUUUCCGAAGACAAAAAGGAUGAAAUUCUUGAUGACGACAAGAUGGACACAGACUAAUUGGUGUCAAGGCUGUAAUAACUGAAAUCUUAUUUUAUAUACCCGUGGCACUGCAUUAGACCAACUGCUUAUGGUUUUCCGAAACUAUAUAUAUAUAAUGGAUAAAAUUUUCUGACGUGUAGAUCUUUGAAUGUCAAUUUAUAAGGCCUUAUCAGUGUCAGAUAUGCUUUCCAUUUUGUGUUUUUAUGCAUAUCGUAAGCAUUCUCAUAUCAUCUUCCCUUUCCACUUUUGACCUUUUCAUUUUAAUAUAUAGAAAAUGAAACGGGAUAUUUUCACUGUCUAGUUUUUAUUUUUCUGAUGACAUUUACCAUAGAGUGUAUGCAGUAGCUUACUACUUUAUUUUCAAACUAAUACAUGUUAAUUUUAGUUGAAGAUGAAGAUGAAACAUGUCAAAUAACCACUACUCAUAUUUAUAACUUGCAUGUGUUCAUUUCUAACCAACAACGUAUUCGUGAUGCUUGGCUAGAGUGUUAUCUAACAGACCAAACGGUUAUUUCUUUGGAAGAUAAGUCUUCAAUUAACACUGCAGUUUGUU